UGUUUCAAUUUAAAAUGGAAAGCAGUAUUGGAUCCAUGCUAAGCAAGAGCCAGAGACUUGUCUUAGGAUGUUUGAUUUUGAUUUUGGUUGAUGUUAUCUGGGUGUCCUCCUCAGAGCUUACAAAGUUCAUUUACAACAAUGAAACAUUUGAAAAGCCAUUCUUUUGUACAUAUAUCAAAACCUCAAUGUUCACUUUGUACUUGCUGGGCUUCCUGUUUUGGCCCCAGUGGAAGGACAACUGCACAAGACCUUCAAACUACAUGUACCUUGAAACAGAACAGGAUGAGGAACAUUACUUGACAGAAUCAAGUUCUAGCCUCAGUAAUCCUGUAUAUGUUCCAGUGAAAACACAGGAGAGAGAAAGCCUGGAGAGAAAUUCUGGCACAGAAAGUGAUGAUUCUACAGUACGUUCAGUAAGGUUCAAUAAAAUGGCUGAAGUGAGGCAUAUGUCUGAAACUGAGGCAACUGAGGCCUUGCUUGCAAGGUUGUCAUACCAGGCCAGUCUGAGAGCUGGUGAACUGGCAAAGAGAGCAGCCAGUAAAUUGCCUAUUCUUAGGAUUGCAAAGAUUGCUUUAAUAUUUUGCUUGUUGUGGUUUGUUGCUAAUUACACUUACCAAGUAGCCCUGUCAGAGACAGAAGCUGGUAUGGUGAAUGUCUUAUCCUCCACUUCAAGCCUGUUUACUCUUAUACUUGCAUCCCUGUUUCCAUCUAAUCCAGUUGAUACAUUUACUUUCUCCAAGCUGGUAGCCGUUAUUCUCAGUAUCACAGGAAUGAUAUUAGUUAGUUUUUCUGAUAUCAGCAUUGAAUCAAAAAUUCCAUUUGGAGCAGUAUUAUCCUUAUUCAGUGCUUUCUUUUAUGCCACUUAUCUCGUAUUUUUGAGAAGGAAAGUUGACCAUGAGGACAAAAUAGACAUUCCAUUAUUCUUUGGUUUUGUAGGAUUAUUCAACUUAGUGUUACUGUGGCCGAUGUUUUUCUUCUUGCACUUCAGCAAAGUAGAAGUUUUUGAAUGGCCGACUAAAGAACAGUUGAUGUUAUUAUUGUUGAAUGGGUUAUUGGGAACAGUCAUUUCAGAAGCCCUCUGGUUAUGGGGUUGUUUCUUGACCUCUUCUCUCAUGGCAACCGUCGCUAUGAGCCUGACAAUACCUAUGACCAUGUUAGCCGAUGUCUUAUUAAAAGAAGUGCCCUAUCCCAUACUUUUCUAUACGGGUACCAUACCAAUGUUGAUUGCCUUCUUAGCACUAACCGUUUUGUCCCACUACGAUAAUUGGGAUCCCGUCUUCAAUGUUCUGCAUUGUUCCUGUUCCAAAGUAUGUCGCCGAACUAGAUUUAUACGUUCUAGAUUCAACGAGAUGCCUUCGGAACAAACUGAAGCCCUUAUAGGCAUCAAUAGUGAACAUGAAGCAUAAAGGAAUUGCCAUUUACAAGUUAGUAUGAAUCUUGCAGCGUUAACAGAAGAAUUGCCAUUUACAAGUUAGCAUGAGUCUUUUCACGUACUUCAUACUAUUUACAAAAUGAGGUGCUAAACAUGUACGUGAUGGUAUAUACUUUUUUAUUUAUUAAAAUGUGAUUAUUUUUCCAUUGUGGAGGUGGUCAAGUCUAGUCCCAUAUUCAACAUCAAUGUGUAUUACAAUAACAGCAUUCCUCAUUUGAGUAUUUUAUUUAACUGAAUAUUCGUUAUAAAAUGUUGACUUUGAUUUGUAUCUUUACGUUGAUGUAUGAGUUUGAAAUUCUGUACAUGUAGAUGAAGAAAGGGCUGUAUUUUUCCAUUAACUGUAAGUAUUUAUUUUUUAUCCCCUCAUUUAUGUUUGAGUGACGAAUAGUCUAUUUUAUUAUUUAUCCAAUAAAUACAUGUGUUAUAUAUAUAUUUUUGGUAAUUCAGUUCCUCUUCAAGAAAUAUUGUCGUUAAGUGUUCUAAACCAAAGUUUUAUUCUUGUGAUUGAAACAUUUGACCUAAAAGUCUAUAUUGAGAGAAUAAAAGAGUAUUCGAUUAA